CGGGGCGCUCUGCGAACCCUAACUCGGCCUGCCGCGACCAACCAGUGCGCGGGAGCAAGCAUACAAGGCACGCCGAACGCAGCGGGCAGCCAAAGGCAGCAGUACCGAUCACCAUACGGCUCCAUCUCCAAGAUGGCCGACUCCUUCAGAGCCAUCGCAGCUUCCAAAAGGCUGGCGGCCGCAGCCCUGGAAGCGAGGUUCGAUCACCUCACGAGCGGCCCGCCGUCGCCGCGAAAACCGAAGCCUAGAAACCUGACCAAAAGAGAACAGCGCGACCAGGACUUCCGCAUCGCGUGCGGCGCCUACGUCAAGGGCGCGCAGAAGGCCGGCGCCAAGCUGUACGCGGACAUCCAGGCGGCCGAGAAAUUACUAGAAAAGGGCCAGGACGGACGGGGCGGCGACCGCGAAAAGCUCCUCAACAGUGCGGAUGGAGACGGCUGGACGGCGCUGCACUGGGCGGCGGCCGAGGGCCACCUGCCGAUGGUACGGUGGCUCGUGCAGCGGCCUGACAUAAAUCUGGACGCCGUCGACGCGGACGGCUGCACGCCGAUCUGGGCCGCGGCGUACAACGGCGAGUACCACUGCGCGCUCUGGAUCCUCUCGAAGGGCCCGAAUCUGGAGCUGCGGGGCAAGGCGUCGAACACGGCGUCGUGUACGCCCUGCAACGCCGCGCGGUCGCAGCGCAACCCGACGAUCGCCGACGCCAUCGACGCCGAGCUUGAGUUAAGAAGGCAGGACCCGAAGCGCGUCGCGUCGCUCAAGAGCGGCAAUAUUGACUACGAGGACUUCCGGGAGGACCUCCGGAGCAUAUCUAAGAAUAGGUAA